AGCCCUGAUUAUCUGACUCUCUUUUCCUCAAUCCUUCUGACUCCAACCGCCGAAUACUCCACCUGUCCUAUUCCAAUACACCACCCAGCUAUACUGUCGUCGAAGCGCAGCUUUCCGACUCUGCAAGAAACGUGAGUUUAGGCUUGCAUCAUUCCACCCAUACUCUUCCGCAUACCGCCCAACCCCUCCUCUUACGUCCCUUGGAAGCAUCGAAUGCAAACCACGCCAGUAGCCGUCGCGAUAGAGAGUUGACUCAUGAUACGACGCUGACCGAGGUGUCCAUGUACCUAGGAACUCCUCAAUCGCAUUCAUCACAUUUCUCAGGUUCCGCUCAGGCCUAUUCUCGCCUCGCGAUACGUUCUGUUCCUUCGGAAGCCUCGACCGGCACAACGCGCCUUCUCGCCCGUUGGGCCAAGCCAAACCCUAUAUAACUUUCGUAGAAGAGCACCAGCCACUGUUAUGGCAAACUCUAACAACCAGUUCUACGGUCCGGGCAGCCUCUCUCCUGACCAAGAGCAUCUGUUGAUGGCUGCCUUGAACUCGAAUAACCCGAAUCCGCAAAACGACUAUAAGUCGAAUCAAGAUUUUGAAAACAACAACGAUGGGACUUUUGACCCCAAUCAGCAAUUCCCCAUAGAUGGCGUUAACCCCGCGUUCUUUCAAGGUCAGCCGAAUGGCAUGAAUUUCAGCACAUUCGACAAUAUCGAAGAAAGCCCAUACGUGGACUUUCUCGAUGGUGACACAAGCUUCGACUUCGAUGCAAGUCUUAAUAAUGGAGAUGCUAUGAUCGGUGGACUUCCCGGUAGCAGCACCUCUCCUGAAGCUUAUGAUCAUGACAAUACCGAGAAACGAAAGAGUCCAGAAGAUGACGCUGAAGAUCCUGAUGGGGGGGGCAAGAGAAGAGAGUCUGACGACAAAACGGCCAAGAAGCCCGGAAGGAAACCUCUGACUUCCGAACCGACAACAAAACGCAAAGCUCAAAAUAGAGCUGCUCAGCGUGCUUUCCGUGAACGUAAGGAGAAGCACUUGCACGAUCUCGAGACCAAGGUUGCGGAACUAGAGAAAGUGUCCGAUGCGACCAGUCAUGAGAACGGCCUGCUCAAAGCUCAGGUUCAAAGAUUACAGACUGAAUUGCGAGAGUACAGAAAGCGUCUGUCCCUCAAUAGCUCCGGCGUGAAUCAUUCUCUUACGGGGCACAACGUAUCAUUUCUGUCGGGCAUGGGAGGCGGCAAUAACUUCCAAUUCGAUUUUCCACGUUUUGGUGGUCUUCCUGGCGCGCAUAUGCUCAGCACAGGGGCAAUGAGUGCGGCCAAAGGCUUGUCGAAUAGUCCUUCCUCUGCGCGCUCUAGCGUCGGAAACAGCAUACACGUGAACAGUGGCAUUGCUCAGCGACAGAACAGCAAUGGUAGCGUUCAGAGUCCACGGACCCAAUCAACUGGCGUUGCCUCACCAGACAGCAAUGUCUCCUCCCAAGAAGUCCGUGCGGGGCAGCAGUCACAGUCGAAUGCGCGCAGUCCCCCUCUUUAUAACGGAGCGAGUACUCCGGUCGUCGAUAUUGGCCAUGUUCUCAGUACCAAUUCCAAUGUCAAUCGCGAGCGUACCGGCAGCUCUUCAGCACAAUCGCGUGUAUUCCAAUUCAACAGCGGCGCCAACUCUUCAACCGAUUCCCCUUCUGCCUCUUCAGUUUCUCAAUACGGUGGCGCCAACUCGUCAUGCGACACUUCUCCUGAGCCAUCCUAUAACUCACCCAUGACCGGAAAGGCGGACGCUCCUGAUGGAUACGUUUGUCAUGGCAAUUCCGAAGGUGAGGUUACCUUCUGCGAGAAGCUCAACAUGGCCUGUGGCAACCCGCGAAAUCCAAUCCCUCGAGCGAAGUCUAACGCCAAACUAGCAAACCCCGUGGUUGAGCAUUCCACCCAUGUAAACGAUAGCUCUGCUCUUGACAUCUUGACGAACCAAAACGGCGGGCAGUUUGACCCCACCCUCUUUGGCGAUUAUCGGGAUCCACAGGCGGCUAUCGUAGGCGACGGAGACUUCACCGGGGGCUUCUUCGAUGAUGCUUUCAACUUUGGUUCGUAUGGCAGCCCAUUUGCGUCUUUCGGAGGCGAUGGUAUUACUCCUGCAACCUCCAGUAAAGCCAAUCCAAUCUCAGAGAUCGAAAAGAUCCAAGAUGGUGUUGAAGACGAAGUCGUACCGGGCGAGGAUCCAGGCAAGUUCUUGAACUGUCAUAAAAUAUGGGACAAAUUGGCGCAACGAUCUGACUUCAAGGACGGUACAAUUGAUAUCGAUAAUCUUUGCUCGGAGUUGCGAGCAAAGGCACGCUGCUCUGAGAGUGGAGUUGUGGUUGAUGAUCAGGAUGUUGAAGCUGCGCUGAAGCGUCUGCCCGCCGCAGACCGUGCGUGAGAGACAACCCCGGCCACCCGCACGGCGUUAACGACGACUGCGCUGCGUGAAAUCAUUGGGCAGCCACGGCGCAUCAAAGGAUGAUUGAAAUGUAUUGGGAAAUUCAGGCGCAAGGAAUAUAGGUGCCAGCUAGCAAACAUGCGCUGCAUCAUGUCUUCGGAAUAUCAUGCACAUUGUGGGUGUCUGUUUGCCAGUCAAACUGACUACGAACGACGUUUACGAUCGAUCCGUAUCGGAAUCUACGCUCUUUGGGAUACCUAUAGGUAACGACUAUGGAUGGAAUGGUUGUAUGUAUAAUGAAGCUUGCGAGGCCUCCACUCUCUCUGCAGUGCCCCUGAGCAUCCUGAGAAGUUGAAGUCGAGCACUCGAUUUUAGAUAGCAAUAUGCCGGUUACCAGUAG